AUGAACAGGUUCUUUGGACCUUCAAAAACGUGGAAAUCUCUAUUCGGCACCGCAUCUUCGACAAGAGAUGACAAUGCUCAAUUAAGCGCUGUAUUUCAAAAGUUCAAACAAGACUGGGAUCUGGCGGAGUACGAUGAAAGUACUGAAUUGGCGUUGCUGAGCAUACUCACUGGUCAAAUAUAUGAGAUGUACUAUUCUCGGAGAUCCUACUAUGCAAUCAAGCCUGCGGUUGCCAGAGAGAUCAAAAUCUUUUUACAGCAAGCCAGCUUGCACGCUGGUAGAGUUGAGAGCCACAGCGCUCAUCUGAUCAAAACCCGCCCAUACCUGCAAUGGAGAAUUCUGACAGAGACUAUCAAUCGAAAUUUGAACUGUUAUGUUUUCCAAAAGGACAGAGAUACAGAAAUUGAAACUAUGCCAGGGAAUCUUUAUGAUGAAUGGCCACUUCCAAUCUAUGUACCUAAAUCCACAGAAAGACCACACUGGCCAAAGCCAAAUCCUGCAUUUCCACCCAAUGAGUCACUCCUUUGGGUCUUGAAAACCUGUCGCGACAAUGGUGAUUACAAGACCGAGGCCUCAUGUCUCUAUGAACUAAUUGCCCGUGCGGAGAAUCCCCGCUCCUAUUUUGAAGAACUGGACGAUCUUCUUCUGCAAAAACAGGGAGACUAUCGUGCAUACUUGGAAUCUUGCAUAUCGCAAUAUCAUCUCUCUACCGAAGAAUCAUCAUCACGACGGCUCAUUCAAAAAUUGAAAGAAGCAAAUGUGCAACUCGCGUCUUCUUCCGAAGAAGAACUAGACACUCUGCGCAUCGCAGGACUUCAAAUUCAAAACGCUCUCUGUUACCAAUUCCCUGAGCUCUGGCCUGAUAUCAAACAAAACCUGAAACUCAUAGGUAAAAUGGUUCGUCCUGAACUCAAAACAAAUCCCCUUGAUAUUCAAGGAAAAACUGGAGAGCAAGUUCCAGAACACGAUACAGGGGCGCAAAGGGAUAGAGACGAUCCAAUAAUUCACAAAGAGCCGGGUUCAUCGGGGUUGUCUUUCAAACCAAAGCGAAAUGGCGGGAGAUCUCCGGCCCGGACUCGGCCAAAUGACAAAUCCAGAAUAUCGAAACAGAGAGGAUACGGAGAAGCUUCCACAGAAAUCCAUAAGAACAAUACUCGUCGUCGUUCACCGAGCCCACAUUCUAACAUCGAGCUCCUUAUGAGCCAGCGCAUCCUCGAGCGCAACGAUAUACGCCAAGAUAUGGAUAUUUGGAAGCAAAAGCAAGAUAUCGAGCGGCUUGAACGAAAGCUUGACCGAUUAAUGGGCAGUCUUCACAAUGAGACGACGCAAGGUCCUCAGAUGGAGCCGAAUAUGACUGUAGCGCAAGAUAACCCACCUGGUGGAAGCGGUGAAAAGAAUAUCAAUAUUCGAAAGCCAGAUGAGCUCCUAGAAGAGGUUGGCAAUGCUCAGGUGACAGAAAAGAACACUCAAGGUCUGGAUGAUCAGACUCAGAUUGGAAAAGAACAUCAGCCAAGGGUCUCGUCGGACCAGGAAGAACCUCUGUCGACAGGCAACGGCGAAGCUGAAAAUCCAUAUUCUGGCGAAGAAGUUGAAUGA